GACAUUCUCUCACACAAACACACUGACACACACACAAACACACACACGCAUUUAAAGUGAUCAUGAAGGAGGAAGCUGCCUGUUUAAAGCUUGCUACGGUUGCAGACUGAUGUCUCGGACUAUGAGGAACGGCAACUCCCCCACUUUUCAACUGUGACCUCAAGGAUUUACAGAGAACUAGUGAGUGAGGAAGAGAGAGAAAGACAGAAAAAAGCAAAAGGAGGAGGGUUUAAGGAAUUCUGGUUCAAGUCAGGCAGUGGGGGCUCUUCUAGUGGAGAGACAAUCUGGGUAUGCCUCAGUAAAGCCACUGACAAGUCGGCUCCGAGCAUCUGUACUCUUCUGAAGGAAAAGUGAAGUCGCUGAAAGGGAAAAAAGAUCUACUGCCUGCACAGAGAAGCCAGCUGCACACACAGAAGACCAAACAGUGCAAUAGGAAACGCACCGAAGAAGGGAAAGAAGCAAAGAGAUCCAAGAGUCAAGCUGCAGCCAGUCGGAGCCACGGGAAUGGACCUAGGUGCCAGUUGGAUUAACCCCCGCGUACCCGCCGUGCUGUCUGAGGAGGAGGGCUGAGGAUCUGCUUCGACGUCAACCAACUCCUGAAUGAGGAUGAAUGGAGAUGUUCUUUAGCUAAGCCUCAAGACAAGACUCUUGCCAAUUGUGUGAGCAAGGACAACACUCGCUGACAGCUGGAGCAGGAGGUGGAGGUCGUGGCGGAGGAGGAGAGGACUGCUGGUGCUUCUGCCCCAGAGGAGAGGCAAGAAAGCGGGCAGGACACCGCGGAGGAUCAGGAGGGACUCGAGGGAGAGGGAGAGGUGGCGGGUGCCGGGCGCCGCAUGGCCGUGCAGAGGCUGGUGGCGGCAGCCGUGGCGGUAGCCCUGCUGUCCCUGGUGCUAAAUAAUGUUGCAGCCUUCACCCCCAGCUGGGUGCUGCAGGCCCUGGAGGACGGGCGCAAGCGCAGUGUGGGACUCUGGAGGAUGUGCCCGACCGGAGGAGAAAAGGGCCGAGAUGAUCUGCAGCCUGCAAGAAGAAGCCAGGGGACGUGGAGGCAGUGCGAAGGCCUGGGAUGGGGCUCUGAAUAUUCAGGCUACCAGGAGUCCCGCAGCACAGUCAAAUUGCAGUUUGACAUGAUGCGGGCAUGUAACCUGAUGGCGACGGUGGCCCUGACGGUCGGUCAGCUGAUAUUCCUGCUGGGCCUGAUGGAGCUGCCCUUCAUCACGCAGGAAUCCCAGUGGUGGGAGGAGGCCAUCGCUGCACUCUUCCAGCUAGCCAGUUUUGUGCUGGUGAUUGGACUCGUGACCUUCUACAGGAUCGGGCCGUACACACAGCUGUCGUACUCCUGCUACCUGGAUAUAGCCGCUUGCCUGCUGGCCACGUUGGCUGCGGCGAUGCUCAUCUGGAACAUUUUACAUCGCCGCGAUGACUGCCUCGCUCCCCGAGUUAUAAUCAUCAGCCGCUCACUUGCUUCACCUUUCCACCCGCGCCUGGACAAUGACUACGUGGAGUCGCCUUGUUGAACCAUGUGAAAAUAAGGGGGAUAGACUACACCGACUACACUGUGCUCACCUUUCACUACAGCUAGGAGCCUCCAAAGGGACUCUCCAGAGAAGAGGACUUUCCUGUUAUUCUACAACAGCUGGACGAUCAUUAACCUGCCAUUUUUAAGCUCUAUAUUUCACAACUAUCAGACAUUUUUGCUGCUUGGUGCACAAAAGUCAUAGUUUUAAAUCAAGUCAUUGCCCUAAACUUCCAGACAUAGUCUAAACUGUAUGACGUUUCAUUUAGUUGUGCUUGGGUGAGCUCAUUGGUAGCUAAACAAGGAAUUUGGAUGAGGACUGUGUUGAAACAUCCUGCUUAUGAAAGAUCAAGCUGGAACUUGACCUGUUAUUUGUGGACUUAAAUGGCCUCCUGCACAGCUAUGAAUUGGAAAUGAUGAAAUAUAUUAGAAAUGCAAUAACAGAAUACCUCGUAAUUGUUUAUGAUAUGUUGCAAGUAGGUUAAGUAACGAAGUAAAAACGAGAAGAGUCUAUAACGUUUUAAAGCAGCCAAUGAGAGGUGAUAUUUUAAUCAAAUGAACACAGAUGUCAUUAACUCGUAAAAUAAAUACAAAAUAGAAUAAAUAGAUAUAUGUCCUGCCAAUGAAUGUAUCUUAAUUGGAUUGUCAAAGCAGUAUUUCAUUUAUUAAUGGUAUUAAUGGUGUGUUUGGGCAAUGCAUUUCGAAAUGACAAACGGAUUGAAAUACAAUUUUCAUUUCCAUACGAAACUCUGCUUGCUUGUGGUACAUAUUGUGUAAUUAAAUUAAUAUAAUAUAGUUGUAUAAAAAAGCAGUGUCGUCAUUACUAGUAUUAUUAUUAUUAUUAUUAUUAUUAUUAUUAUUAUUAUUAUUAUUGUGACCAUAUUAUACUUCUGAAAAUAACUCCAGGCUCUCUAUGGGUUCUCCACAACGCCAAACAUAGUGGCACUCUCAGAUAAUGAAAAUAUUAUAUCGAUUCAAUAAAUGUACUGCCAAAUA